AAAAAAUAAAUAUAGGCUGAUUACCAACAAGGGGGCUUAUAGGCUGAAUAGAAAGAGGAGAAGAGGAGAGAGUAGGGAAGUAAAACAGGAGGAGGGGAGGAGAGAGGAGCAGAAAUAACGGAAGGGGGGAGUGUGCACACAGAGAGAGAGAGAGAGGGAGAGAGAGAGAGUGAGUGAGUGAGUGAGAGAGAGCAGCUCUGCCGGCCCAUUGAGGAAAGAUGGCUACAGUCACUGCAAACGGAGUGCAGCAGGAGAAUGGAUUCAGCACCACGAACAGCGCCGGCAGGAUGAACGGGCUUACCAUCGGCCAGAACACCAUUCCCAUGAAGGACCACGACGCCAUCAAGCUUUUCAUCGGCCAGAUUCCCAGAAACCUGGAGGAAAAAGACCUGAAACCCCUCUUUGAGGAAUUCGGAAAGAUAUACGAACUCACUGUACUGAAAGACAGGUUUACGGGAAUGCAUAAAGGAUGUGCCUUUCUUACAUACUGUGCCAGAGAGUCAGCACUGAAGGCCCAGAGCGCCCUCCAUGAACAGAAGACUCUGCCAGGGAUGAACCGGCCCAUCCAGGUGAAGCCAGCCGACAGCGAAGGACGAGGAGAAGACAGGAAGCUGUUUGUGGGAAUGCUCGGCAAGCAGCAGAGCGAGGACGACGUCCGGCGGCUGUUUGAGACCUUCGGCCAGAUCGAGGAGUGUACUGUCCUGCGAGGGCCUGAUGGGGCCAGUAAGGGCUGUGCCUUUGUCAAGUUCUCCAGCCACGCAGAAGCACAGGCUGCCAUCAACAGCCUACAUGGUGGACAGACUAUGCCUGGUGCCUCGUCCAGUCUGGUGGUCAAGUUUGCAGACACGGAUAAGGAGCGGACUCUGCGCAGGAUGCACCAGAUGGCGGGCCAGCUCGGCAUCUUCAGUCCCAUGACCAUCCAGUUUGGGGCCUAUGGCGCCUACUCACAUGCUGUAAGUCUCAGCCCGGCGGGGGAGGAGACGCAGAUGAUGCAACAGCAAGCAGCCCUGAUGGCAGCAACACAAGGGUCCUACCUGAACCCCAUGGCGGCCAUUGCUGCCGCACAAAUGCAGCAAAUGGCAGCUUUCAAUGUCAACGGCCUGGUGGCUACUCCCAUGACACCAUCCUCAGGCACCAGCACACCCCCGGGCAUCUCUGCCACAGCCGUGCCCAGCCUAGGCGCCCCUAUCGGGGUCAACGGAUUCAGUGCCCUCCCGCCUCAAAGCAAUGGGCAGCCCACCUCCGAGCAAAUCUACACUAACGGUAUUCAUCCAUACCCAGCACAGAGUCCAACAGUGACGGACCCUCUCCAACAGGCUUAUGCUGGCGUCCAACACUACGCAGCAGCCUACCCUGCCGCCUAUGCGCCAAUCAGCCAAGCGUUCCCCCAGCAACCAACCAUCAUUCCCCAGCAACAGAGGGAAGGGCCAGAAGGUUGCAACCUGUUUAUUUAUCACCUGCCCCAGGAGUUUGGAGACGCGGAGCUCAUGCAAAUGUUCCUGCCUUUUGGCAACGUCAUCUCUGCCAAAGUCUUUGUGGACCGAGCCACCAAUCAAAGCAAAUGUUUUGGCUUCGUGAGUUUUGAUAACCCGUCCAGCGCUCAAGCCGCCAUCCAGGCAAUGAACGGCUUUCAGAUUGGCAUGAAGAGGCUGAAGGUGCAGCUAAAGCGGCCAAAGGAUGCCAACAGACCUUACUGACUCGUCUGCCGUCUGUACCCAGGAUGAAGGGCCACAACACCUUAUUUCCACAAGUGCAGUAAAAGUACAAAGACUUCUUGCUCUGCUACAUAUCAUGAAGGAAGGGUGGUCCCUUGAUCCUGCUGGAAACCCGCUGAAAGAUUGGGUGACUGAGAGAGGGAUCCCAGAGUUUUUUUUUCCAGUUUUUUUUUUCCUUUCUUCGCAAAUGCCUCUUUCCCUGUUUUGCUUUGGCGUCUGUGGAAGAAGAUUUUUUGCAGAGACCAACUUUUUUGCUGCUGUUUUUUAGACAUGAUGGGGGAAAAAAAACCUUUAUAGACUCAUUAUGCUCAAAGCAUGCAUACCGACACAUGAUAUAGUCAAACACACACAGAUAACAAAGCAAACAUACACAUUUAAGGAAGCUACACUUGAAAAAGGGGGGAAAAAAAAAAAAACUUUGUACAUGUAUAAAUACGUGCAAAUGCCAACUCAAGUACUGAAGCAAACACAUGCGUGUGCACACACACACACACACACAUACAUACAAACACACACACCAGCCUGCUGCCAUUUUGGUUUUUGUGCCUACACAGGUGUUGUGCUCUGUGACAGGGCAAGCUCUGGAUCAAAGAAGAAAACAAGAAGAUGAAGAGGAGGAGAGAAGAGGAGAAUCCAGGAAAAUUACAUGCAUCAUUCCUUAGGAAAUAGGGACCAAAGGACUAAACGCUUUUUAAAAGAAUAUAAAUAUAUAAAUAUAUAAAUAUAUAUUUAAAAACUCAUACCUUGUAGCUGCAAGUAUUACAAUUUACUCUUAGUCAAAAAAAUCAUUAAAUCAAUAUCCAGUGGCCUACUGUAAGUACGAAUAUAAGAAAAUGGAAAUAAUGUAUUAAAAAAAGACGUGGAAUCGUAGUAUAGGGGCUGAAACUUUUGCUCUGGAUGCUGGUUUAGCACCAGGUUGUAGAAUAGUAGAGUAGACUAGAAAAAAAAAAAGUAGAUUUGCUAACUUUUGCUGUUGUUUAAAAAAUACUUGAAGUCUUAUUGAAUUGGGGGGCAAUGGGAGGGAGAAAGGAAAAAAAAUCUUCCGCCCCUGUACUCAACGAGUCUCUUUCUCUUGGAUAUUAAGGUAUCAGCCACUGGAUAUCUCGCUCAUCAUGAUGUAAAAGACGCCACACUCUCUGACAGCUAUGAACAGACUGUUCUGGAAGAAGAAGAAAAAAAGAAUGACAAGAGAAAAAAAAAAAAAAAGACUGAACUUUUUGAAGUCUGUGCUGGACAUGGUGCAGAUGUUUCAGGCUUCUCAAUAGCCUUUGUGUUCAAGCGACAAUCCACUGUAAAGACCAAGCUAAAUGGACAUGGGCUGUAUUUUGUUUAGUUCUUGUUUUUUUUCUUGACCUUUUGUAUUGCAACAAGGAGUGUGAAUUAUGAAGCCACAAAUUGUUAAGGGAAGAUGAUUCUAGAAAGAGAGAUGGUUCAAGGGAGAAAGGAGUGAAGUGACAGCUACUGAAACUGCCAGCAGAAUGAACUCAGUAUACAGAUGAAUGAAUCCUUAAUGGUGUCAGCUGUUUGUCAAAAAAAAAGGAAAAAGAUUAUGCCCAUUAUAAACGAGCAGGACUUAUAUAAACGACAUGCCAAGUAUAAAGUGACCACUGGAGCUACUGAAAAACUCCAGAUUUGGAGGAAUUUUCUCUUGGCAGAUACAAACAAAUUCUCUGAAGACAAACACAAUUUACAGUAUUGAUGGCAAAGGUUAGAGCUCAAUCAGCUCUGUCAAAUGUAAUGUAAAUUCGUUAUCAAUAUGUUCCCUGCCAUGAUUUCUUCAUAAUUUAUACAUUGAGCAAAUGGGGUAGAAAAAAAAAGCUACUGUUUAAACAGACUAUCUAAAUGAUCUCCAUCAUUCAGCUUGCUUAGCCUCUCAAACAGCACAGAAGGAAGCAAUCCACUACUUUCAUGUCUUGAUUUUGAGGCCUGUAGCCUUUUUUUGGGGACUGUUUUAGAGCUCUGGGUGCAGGCUUCGCUCUACAAGCAGAUCAAUACAUUUGGAAUGAGUCUUGAGGGAAGAGUGAUGCUUUUUCAGUCUGUCUGAACACUUCCCAAUUUUCUCAGUCGUAUACCAGCUCACAUCCGUACACCAGCUCUUUGAGCGCUGACAGUGAAAGGCAUGGCUAGGCAAUAGGGAAGAGGGAGGCGAGGAGAGGAAGUCUACAACCAAACAUGACAUAAAUAUGGUUUGAAUUGAUACUUCCAGGAUAUGCCCAAUGGCUUAAUCCCCCCAAAAUUAGAAACUCUAAUCCAGUCACUGGUGGAACAACAUACAUAUUAAGGCUAAAUGUUUUCACAGAACAGGAUACAUUAGGCUGGACUAUAGUACCUUGGGGUCUUCUUUGGUACAGUAACUCCUCUCCUUGUUGUUCCCUCCACUGUACUUAUCCUUCUUUAGAGAGAAAGGUAAACCAGUCCUACUCUAAAUCACCAAAGGAGCGACUGAUACAAUGUGCCAUCCAAGAUAUUUCAAUGGGCAACAAUUCAUUGUCAUUUAAAAGCAGAAGGGCAUGGAUUGAGUUCUGGAUAUCAGUGUGCGAUGUACCCCGGUCUCCUGUCCCCUGUCCUGAGAACAGCCAUGCUUUUCCAACCCUUUCAGCAGCUCUCCCAUUGGAACAGCAUUUUCUAAACCUGGCUAAUGCCUGCGCUCACUACCCUUCAAUUAUCACCUGCACCGUAUUAGACAUGCUAUUUCACCUUUCCCUCUAAUCGCACUGUAAUCACCAGCCUCUAUACAUUAGCAGCAACCAAGUGAAAAAUCACUGGGAUAAUCACUUGGACCAAAUGACGGGGGAGAUGGUCCCCCUGCAUGCACAUGGAUGACAGAAGGAAGAUUAGAGAGAAUUAUGUUUGUGCCUACUCCCUGGCAAGGCUGCUGACAGCUGACCUGGCACCGAUUAUAUUGCUGAAUUUACCAGAAGAGGCGAUGGAGGAUGUGGGAUAAAACCCUCUUUAUCAUAGCAAGGUGUUAAUAUUGCAAAGUAGAUUGCCUAUGAUGAAAAAAGCCUGAAAAUUAAAUGCAGAAAACCUUUUUUUUUUCACUGAGCACAACCCUUCUGUCAAAGUUGCUCUAAAUUGGGUCAAAAGCAACAAUGUUGUUGGAAAUCCUCAUUUUGAAGAAGCAGCUGCUGUAAGGACUGAGUUAUUGUGCUUCUUCUUUCAACAUGUAAUUGUGUCUUGACUAUCUCUAUAGAGGCCUACAUUUUUUUCACAGAAUAACUUGUUCUACACUUCUUUCUUUUUCUUGCUUGUAUCCCUGCUGGGGCACCUGCAAAGCACCGUAUUGUUCAAUCCUGAACGACCAUUUGUGAGGCACAGUGGUUUCUCUGAUUUAAAAUGAUGCCCAUCAAAAUGAAAGUUAAAAAAAAAGGCCUGCAAACAGAUAAAGGAAAAAAAAACAGCAGCCCUGCCUCUGCCCUUUUGUAGACAUUCAUUUAAAGCUACAUGAAUUGAAGUGACAUGAAGUAGGUCAAAACAAAGCCAUGUUCUGCAACCAUUUGUGUUCAUUAUUUAUGUGAGGCUGAAUUAAUCGAUGGGAAGUCUAAUGUUCCAUAAGCAAUUAUAUUUCCUGUGCUUGUCCCCACCAGAAAACAUUCUGCAAGUUAGGAUCUGUUUGGUGUAGCCUUGCAUGCCUGCUCCACUGAUAUUCUCUGUCUUGUACCAGAUGUUGUACUGGUUCCCACUGCUAAUUGCAGGUUGGGUCUCCAGUGAGCCAAAACCUAGUCUAGCCUGAUAUCCUGCUGACUGCUUGGCUAACAGCGCAGUGUUCAUGUAGCAUCUCUGCUAUGCCAGGGCUAAAUUAGGCGAGGUGAAAUCAGCUCUUCGAUACUUAAUGAGGGUGCUCUUAGUUCAUUUACAACCCAGAGGGUAUGUUACAUGCAUUAAAAUCAGAAAAAGUACACUCCAGAGCUACCAAUCAAGACAAGAUUGUUUAAGGAUUUUCCAAUCCCUCCAUUUAUCGACAAGGUUUUCUGAUUCCCAGCCUUGCUCGUGACCUCAAUCUUUUCUGGUUCUUACUUUAGUCAAGUCCAAAUUUCACCUUCAAGAGCAAUGACAAAUGUCAGCCCAGAAGGCACUCGCCAAGCUUUUUCCAAAAUUUAAUUUAAUUUU